GAUGCGGCGAGAUUGUCGGGAUGGAUGUGACAAGUUUUGAAAUGAUUUAUGAUAUGUCAAUAUUAAAUUCGCUUCCGCAAUAUUGUUAAAUACUCCGUACUGUAUAUGUUAUGAAAAAUAUUAUUGAGAUUAAUAAAGUGUGUUUGAAAAGUUUUAAAUUUUACGAUUACCAAGUUAAAUACUUUAGUCUGAAUGGGGCUGUAGACCUGGACGGAUUAGGAUGUUACACCCUAAGGCGUUGGCACCCGUGUUGGAGCGUGUUCGAGAUACUCUCGGGUGUUCAUUGGAUGUGCUUCCAUUCACUUAUCUUGGCUGUCCUAUUUAUCAUGGUCAGAAGCGCAUUCAUUACUUUGAGCCUGUUCUGAAGAAGAAGCGAGACAAGACACAGGACACUAUUUGGAUGGCAUUCAUGAGGGCUAAGUACUGUAGCCGCGUCCAUCCUAUGUCCAAGCAGUGUGUUGAUGAUGAUUCGCACACAUGGAAGCGCAUGCUAGAUGUUCGAGCCGUGGUUGAGCCUGUGAUUCGAUGGCGUGUACUCUCUGGCACGUCUAACUUCUGGUGGGAUACAUGGUCUGGACUGGGUGCCUUGCAUCGCCAGGUCGAUGGCUGCAGUGGGUACUGGACUGAUGGAGUGGAUGUUCGAGCCGUGGUUGAGCCUGUGAUUCGAUGGCGUGUACUCUCUGGCACGUCUAACUUCUGGUGGGAUACAUGGUCUGGACUGGGUGCCUUGCAUCGCCAGGUCGAUGGCUGCAGUGGGUACUGGACUGAUGGAGUGGGUGAUAUGUAUCGCUCUGAUUUUAUGAUUGACCAUGAUGCUCUACCCCCUGAUUUAUUACGGCAGUUGCGCCUUGAGCCUCCAUCUCUUGUUUCUGAUCAUGUGGAUAUUCCGGUCUGGACCCCGUCUACGGAUGGGAAGUUUACUCUUGCUUCUGCUAAGGAGCUUCUUAGACCGAGGAGGAAUGAUGAAGUGGAGGACACUGUGCUUAAGAGGUGUUGGCAGAAACACUUACCCUUUAAGAUGUCCAGUCUAGCAUGGCGCGUUUUGGAAAGGCGCCUUCCCACUGAUGAUGUCCUGGCGAGAUUUGGCUUUGCAUUGCCUUCUCGGUGUUUAUAUUGUUCGCCGCCAGGACGGGAGACCAUUACACACAUUUUCUAUCAUGGGAGCAUGGCACGGCGUGUUUGGACUUAUUUCACACAGUCUGCCCGUAUCCAGGGCACACAUCACAGUUUGAGGUCCGUCUUGAGUAGAUGGUGGGCGCAGAGGCCGAGGAGCAGGAUGCUCUCGUUCCUGUUCCACCACCUGCCGAUGAUCAUUCUUUGGGAGAUUUGGACACACUAUGCUGCGUGCAAGAGGGUGGUGCCGAUUCGGUGGGUCCCACCGCCGGGUGGCACCAUCAAGGUGAAUGUGGCGAGGGCCCCGCUUCGUGGGGCAUAUGCAGCGAUCGUGCAUGACUCGACAGGUAAGUUUCUUUAUGCUCUCUCUUCUAUUGCAUUCAGGUGGGAACCAGUGGAGCGUGGAGGGAUGGACGUGCUGCUUCGGUGUAUUCAGUGGUGUAUAUCCCAGUCAUUCUUGCGUAUCCACGUAGAGUCCCAUCAUUCAGAGUUAGCUUGCUUCUUUAGAGAAGGUACCCCGUGGUACCUUCAUGAUGUUUAUGCUAGACUGCGUUUCCUCUUUUCUAUCGCGACGGUCCAGUGGUUUCAUUGUGACGUGCGGGCGAAUGCCCCGACGAUUGAGUUGGCAUUUUGGGCCGUGGAUAGUACAGAGGGGACGCGAGAGUUUACUAAUCUGCAGGAUCUUGACAUUCGGGUACAAUCUCUCCUUCCUAUGGAUGAUCUGCCCUUCUUUCGCAUAGACGAGGAUGGGGGUAACCCCUAAUUGCACUGAUUUGGGUGCCUUAACGACCGCGUCUGCGGUUAAGAGGCGCACGUAUGGACCCGCGGUUAAAGGGUGCCCGUUGGUUCCCGCGGUUUGGGGCCACGUGUUGUACCGACGGUGAACGGUGCCUUUGCGAGAUGACGGGCGUAGUUUCGCAGAGUUUCUUUCGUCCCCGUCGACUCCUGCGGCUCUUGGGG